GGUGACAGGUGCGGCGUAUAUUUAAAUGGCUGGCCACCGGAAUCCGGUACAGAAGAUUUGACUCAGGCUACGAUCUCAGCAUACGACAGGAGAUUCCAAAACAUAUGGCACGUUAGCAGCGCCGUACUCGUAGUAAUAAAAGAGCUUGCGGCGCCAGACCCUGCAGCCUAAGCUUGGACGGACUCACCAGCUAGCAGCAGCCUAGAGAGGUCAGCACUGGCAUCUCUGUAGCUUUCCCCGUCGAUCCUUUCUAGCCAAGCAAAACAGUUCUUGCAGCUUCUUCUCCUCUGGCUCAACAAGGGCUGCAACAGGAGCUGAUCCAUUUGGAAGCAACAGAGAUUGUUCGCGCAGAUGGCUUCUGUCACAAACGGUGAGGUAGCUGAUUUUGAGACUCAGGUGACUCCCUUUGCUAAAGCUGGGUUUUUCAGCAAGAUUUCAUUUUGGUGGUUGAAUCCUCUAAUGAAGAUGGGCUACGAGAAACCCCUUGAGGACAAAGACAUGCCACUUUUAGGUGCCACAGAUCGAGCAUGCAACCAGUACUUGAUGUUCAUGGAGAAGCUGAAUGGCAAGAAGCAGUCGCUGCCACACGCCACACCAUCAUUCUUCUGGACUAUUGUUUCUUGUCACAGGCAUGCAAUCUUGGUCUCAGGUUUCUUUGCUUUGCUCAAGGUUCUCACCUUAUCUGCUGGCCCAGUAGUCCUCAAGGCGUUCAUCAAUGUAUCACUUGGGAAAGGGACCUUUAAACACGAAGGCUAUGUGCUAGCUGCGUUAAUGUUCAUCUGCAAAUUCUGUGAAUCCCUGUCACAGAGACAGUGGAAUUUCCGCACUCGGAGAUUAGGACUGCAGGUGAGGUCACUCCUGUCAGCAGCUAUUUAUAAGAAACAACAGAAGCUAUCAAAUGCAGCAAAAAAGAAGCACUCUUCUGGAGAAAUUUUGAACUAUGUGACUGUCGAUGCCUAUCGGAUUGGGGAAUUCCCAUUCUGGUUCCAUCAGACAUGGACAACAAGUGUUCAGCUUUGCAUUGCUCUGGCAAUUCUAUACAAUGCGGUUGGUGCUGCAAUGGUUUCAUCUUUGGUCGUUAUUAUUAUUGCUGUACUGUGCAAUAUUCCAUUGGCCAGACGGCAACACAAAUUUCAGAGUAAACUUAUGGAAGCACAGGAUGUGAGAUUGAAGGCCAUGUCUGAGUCAUUUGUUCAUAUGAAGAUCUUGAAACUUUAUGCAUGGGAAGCUCACUUCAAUAAGGUCAUCGAGGGGUUGAGAGAGGUUGAGUACAAGUGGUUGUCAGCAUUCCAGUUUAGGAGGGCAUACCAUAGUUUCCUCUGUUGGGCAUCGCCUAAUUUUGUUUCUGCAGCGACCUUUAUAACAUGCUAUCUUUUGAAAACCCCUCUUGAUGCUAGCAAUGUCUUCACUUUUGUGGCAACCCUGCGUCUCGUGCAAGAGCCAGUUAGGUCAAUACCAGAUGUUAUCCGCGUUGUGAUACAAGCUAAGGUUGCUUUCACUCGAAUAUCGAAGUUCCUUGAUGCAUCUGAGCUUAACGGGCAAGUUAAGAAAAAAUACAACGUUGGCAUUGAUUACCCUAUACCCAUAGCGAUGAAUUCGUGUAGCUUCUCAUGGGAUGAGAAUACAUCAAAACCAGCUCUAAAUAAUAUAAAUCUGAUAGUGAAAGCUGGAGAAAAGAUUGCAAUUUGUGGAGAGGUAGGAUCAGGAAAGUCGACGCUUUUGGCUGCUGUACUUGGAGAGAUCCCAAAAACCAAAGGCACGAUCCAAGUCUGCGGGAAAAUAGCAUAUAUUUCUCAGAAUGCAUGGAUCCAAACAGGAACCGUGCAAGACAAUAUUCUCUUUGGAUCACCGAUGGACGUGGAAAGAUACCAGAACACACUCGUGAGGUGCUCGUUGGUCAAGGACCUUGAGAUGUUCCCAUAUGGAGAUUGUACUCAAAUUGGGGAGAGAGGAGUAAAUCUUAGUGGUGGUCAGAAGCAGCGGGUCCAGCUUGCUCGUGCACUAUACCAAAAUGCAGACAUCUAUCUUCUUGAUGACCCUUUCAGUGCCGUUGAUGUCCAUACAGCCACAAGUCUCUUCAAUUUAAUGUCAGAUGGAGAAGUUAUCCUGUCUGCACCUUAUCAAGAUCUAUUGGCAGAUUGUGAAGAAUAUAAAGACCUUGUAAAUGCCCAUAAAGAUACGAUGGGUAUUUCGGAUCUUAAUAACAACUCAGACUCUCAAAGAGCUAAGGAAGUAUCGAUCAAGGAGACAGUUGGUAUUCAUGGAAGCAGAUAUACAGAGUCUGUGAAGCCAUCGCAGGAAAAUCAACUGAUCAGGAAAGAGGAAAGAGAAACAGGGGAUGCAGGUGUUAAGCCUUAUAUGCUUUACCUGCGCCAGAACAAAGGUUUCCUGUAUUUCUCUUUUUGUGCUAUUUCUCACAUAAUUUUCAUAGCUGGGCAAAUAUCACAGAAUUCAUGGAUGGCUGCUAAUGUUCAAAAUCCUGAUGUUAGUACACUGAAGUUAAUUUAUGUGUACAUUAUUAUUGGAGUUUGCACAAUGCUCUUCUUACUAUCAAGAUCUUUAGGAAUCGUUGUUCUUGGGAUCCAGACAUCACGAUCCUUAUUUUCCCAGUUGCUCAAUUCAUUUUUCCGUGCACCAAUGUCCUUUUUUGAUUCUACUCCUCUAGGAAGGGUUCUUAGCCGGGUCUCUUCAGAUUUGAGUAUUGUUGACCUUGAUAUUCCAUUUGCCUUUGUGUUUAGCCUUUCUACUAGCUUAAAUGCAUAUAGCAAUCUAGGGGUAUUGGUUGUUAUUACAUGGCAAGCUCUGUUUGUAUCCGUGCCAAUGAUAGUUUUGCGAAUUUGGUUACAGAGGUACUAUCUAGCCUCGGCAAGGGAAUUGAUGCGGAUCAAUGGUACUACCAAGUCUGCUCUAUCAAAUCACUUAGGUGAAUCGAUUUCAGGGGCUACAACAAUAAGGGCCUUUGAGAAUGAAGAUCGUUUCUUUGCUAAAAAUUUGGAUCUUAUUGACAAGAAUGCCAGUCCAUAUUUCUACAAUUUUGCAGCAACUGAAUGGCUGAUUCAACGUCUGGAGAUAAUGAGCGCCACAGUUCUUUCUUUUUCUGCCUUUGUCAUGGCCAUUUCUCCUCAAGGAACUUUUAGCCCUGGUUUUGUGGGAAUGGCAUUGUCCUAUGGUCUUUCCCUAAAUAUUUCAUUUGUUUUCUCUAUUCAAUGCCAAUGCAACCUUGCAAAUCAAUUAAUCUCGGUGGAACGUGUGAACCAGUACAUGGACUUACAAAGUGAAGCAGCAGAAGCUGUUGAAGAAAAUCGACCAUUACCAGAUUGGCCCCAAGAUGGCAAUGUGGAGAUUAGAAAUUUGAAAAUCAGGUAUAGGGAAGAUACUCCCCUUGUACUACGUGGAAUCAGUUGCAAGUUUGAAGGUGGAGAUAAGAUUGGUAUAGUUGGUCGAACGGGAAGUGGCAAGACAACGUUAAUUGGUGCAUUGUUCCGACUUGUUGAACCUGCCGAAGGGAAAAUAAUUAUAGACUCUGUGGACAUCAGUACAAUAGGCUUACAUGACCUGCGUUCGUGUUUGGGUAUCAUUCCACAAGAUCCAACACUUUUUCAGGGUACAGUAAGGUACAAUCUAGAUCCUCUUGGGCAAUUCUCAGAUCAGCAAAUAUGGGAGGUUCUUGACAAAUGUCAACUUCUUGAAGUUGUCCAGGAGAAGGAACAGGGAUUGGAUUCACAUGUUCUGGAAGAUGGGUCGAACUGGAGUAUGGGCCAAAGGCAGCUCUUCUGUCUGGGACGCGCACUCUUGAGAAGAUGCCGCAUCUUAGUUCUUGAUGAAGCAACAGCUUCUAUAGACAAUUCAACAGAUGCUAUUCUUCAGAAAACGAUCCGGACAGAAUUCACAUAUUGCACUGUCGUUACAGUGGCCCACCGUAUACCAACAGUUAUGGACUGCGAUAUGGUACUUACAAUGAGCGACGGGAAAGUAGUGGAGUUUGACAAACCUACAAAGCUCAUGGAAACUGAAGGAUCUCUCUUUCGUGAGCUGGUCAAGGAGUAUUGGUCAUACACAGCUAACACAAACUUUUAGAAGAGAAUCUUGAUUUCACUGGUUUGCUUGCUGAAGCUCUAUUAGCUUUUAUAAAGGAGAUAUAUGCUUGCCUUGAAAAAGAAAAAGAUCUAUGGUUAUAAUAUCUCAAUGGAAUUAUUCUAGUUGGUAUCCGAAGAAACGACAAUACCAUCUCCGGUGUUGUCUCGAAAUUUCUUUGGCUAUUUUCUUCUGCCAAAAACUCUGUGCACGGUGGACUGCCGGCCGCCUUCAGAAUUGCUGUACCGAAUAGAGUAAAUACCUGAAGAUUUCCUUGCCAAUAAGAUAUAGAAGGCUAAACAGGAGGGCCUUCAAGGCUGACCACACUCUAAAUGGGACCUCAUCAUUCUGAUCUUUUGGAUGAUGCUGUUUGGGAAGUUAGAAUGCACUUCCAUGAAAGAGAUAAUUUGGAGAGAUCCCUAUGCAUUUCAGACAUCACAUAUCACAAUUUGGUAGCAUUAAUAGAGACAGAGGGAUAUGGGGUGAGUGAUUACAUUUACUUUGUGAAGGAGCCUGGUGUGGGUAUUGAAGGAUUGGUAGAAAUUACUGAUGAUGACAUGGUCGAUGAAAUGCUUGACCAUAUUGCUAGUAAGGAUGAGACUGUACUGAAUUUGACAGUGAUUAGGGCCACUGAUCCAAGACCUGCAGAUUUGAAUUCAGGUUAUUUGUAUGAGGAGCAGGUUCCUUUGAGUCAAUUAGGAGAAAAACCUGUCUAUGAAGUCAACCCUUCUGGAGUUCUUUUCAGAUCACCUGAGAAACAGAGGCAGUCAGAGCCACUUCAGUUCUUUGCCACACAGCAGAGCUCAAACUUACAUAUUGCUAUGGAGCAAGAUGAGCAGGAGACACUAAUGGAGCUCAAGAGGAGAACCAAGAUUGAGAACUUUAGGAAACAUAAGGAGGCAUCUGAGCAUGUUCAAAUGGUUAAGCAAAAACUACCAGUUCUUCUAACUGAAGAUGACUCUGAUCUUGAUGCAGAUGAGGACUUUCUUAACAUGCUUAAUGAAUUUAGGAGGCAGAGAGAGGACCCACUCCUUCAUUUUGAAGGAGACACUGAUGUGGAUGAAGUUUAUGGGGAAGAUGAGGAGGAGCAAGUGGAGCAAGUGGAGCAAGUUGAGGAGGAUGAGCAGAUGGUGCAUGAGGAGGAGGAGCAAGUUGAGGAGCAACAACAGGAUCCACCCAAGAGGAAGGAAAAAAGAAAAGGGCCAACCAAGAGGUCACAUUCAAGCUUGGAGCAAAGAUUUGAGGAUGUGUGGGCACCAUCAUCAGAUGAGGAGCUAGAUGUAGGUGAUUUGAAGGAGGAAUGUGAUGAUGGAGCUGAGAAUGCACCUUAUAUUCUGCCCAAUGGAAGGAAGAGCAGAGCAUAUAAAGCACAACCAAGGAAGUGGUACAGUGAAGAAAGAGAGAACCCAGAGGAGCAGUUUUGUAGAAAGCUUUGUUUCCUUAAUGUGUACCAAUUUAGGAGAGCACUGCAGACAUUUCACAUAAGUCAGAAUAGGAACUAUGAGUUCCACAGAAACUGCAAUGACAGCAUCAUAGUGUACUGCACUAAUGUUAAAUGUCCUUUCUACAUUGCAGCUUCUGUUCUUGCAAAUGAAAGUACUUUUGGAAUAAGAAAGGCUAAUUUUUUGCACACAUGCCCAGCAGUAGCAGAGAAUACCAAGGUCACAGCAAAAUGGGUGGCACACCAGUGUGAGGAUAUGCUGAGAAUUGAUAUUGGCACACCAAUCACCACAAUUAUGCAGAAUUUGAAGAAGAAAUAUGGAGUAGAGAUCUCAACCCAUAUGGCCUAUAGGGCUAGGAAACAAGCAUUGAAGGUUGUCCAAGGAGACCAAAGAGGUCAAUAGAUUAGGAUUAGAGAGUACUUGCAGGCUGUUUUGGACACAAACCCAGGAAGUAGAUGUGUUGUGACCACUAAGUAUCUGCCAGAGCACCCAAGCAAGAACCCAAGGUUCCAUGGCCUGUUCUACUGUCUUAAUGCUUGCAAAGAAGGGGUUUUAGAUGGAUGUAGGCCAUUCAUAGGGGUAGAUGGUUGUUUUAUCAAGCUGUCAACAGGUCAGCAGAUCCUUGCUACAACAGGAAGGGAUGGAAACAACAACAUAUAUCCUAUAGCAUUUGGAGUUGUUGAGAAAGAGGACAAAGACAGCUGGACCUGGUUCUUAACUCAACUAAAAGAUGCACUUGGUGGAGAGAGUGGAAAGUUUGGGUACUAUACUAUCAUUAGUGAUAGGCAAAAGGGCCUUUUAAAUGCAGUAAACCAUGUAUUUCCCAAUUGUCCACAAAGAUUCUGCCUUAGACACAUAUAUCAGAAUUUCCAGACAGCUGGUUUUAGAGGUGAUGAACUAAAGAAACACAUGGAUGCAGCUAGCUACUCUUAUACUAAGAAUGAACACCUAGCUACAAUGAAUGAUUUGAAAAGAGAGUGUAAGGCAGCUUGGGCAUGGCUUAAUAAAGUACCAGUUCAUACAUGGGCUAGACAUGCAAUGGAUUUAACCUGCAAGACAGACCUAGUUGUGAACAACAUCAGUGAGGUGUUUAACAAAAUGAUCCUAGGUUAGAGGCAAGCCAAUAAAGACCAUGCUGGAAGGAAUUAGGACUAAAUUGAUGGUGAAGUUUAACACAAAUAGAACCAAGACAGAGACAACAAAUUGGGAGAUUUGCCCAACAUAUGCAGAGAUGUUAGAGGAGGCAAAGUACAACUCAAGGUGGUGCCAAUCUUUGAUGGCUGGUCCUAGCAUUUACCAAGUUAGUAGUGGAGAUAACACCUACUCAGUCAACUUGCUGCACAGAACAUGUGGAUGUAGGAAAUGGGAUAUGACUGCUAUGCCUUGCAAUCAUGCAGUAUCUGCAAUUGUGAAGGCUAAGUUGCAACCUGAAGACUUUGUUGAUGAUUUCUUCAAGAAGGCAAUGUACCAGAAAGCAUAUGGGCAUAUCAUAUUUCCUGUCCCUGGUCCAAAUCUGUGGCCAAGGACAAGAACUCAGGACAUAGAGCCUCCAGUUUUCAGAGACAAAGUAGGGAAGCAACAAACAAAGAGGAGGAAAAACCCGUUUGAGAAGGCAGCACCAAGAGAUACAUCUAGGAUGGCAUCCAUUACUUGUAGCAACUGCAAACUUGUGGGGCACAGAUACACUGUGUGCUCCAAGCCCUUGAAACCAGCUCUUGCAAUGAGACAAAACCAACAUCAGCCAAACAGGUCAAAUGCUUCUGCUUCAUCUACAGCUGCUGCACCAACAAGGAAGAGGCCAUCUCCAUCUACAGAUGUUGGGACUGCUCCUGCCAGGAAGAAAGCUGCACCUGCUGCACCUGCUGCUACUGCACCUGCUGCUACUGCACCUACUGCUCCUCCAAAGAGGAGAGCUGCACCUGCUGCUACUGCACCUACUGCUCCUCCAAAGAGGAGAGCUGCACCUGCUGCUACUGCACCUACUGCUCCUCCCAGGAGGUCUCCAAGGAAGAAUGCUACCCCAACACCUACUGCUCCUCCAAGGAGGUCUCCCAGGAAGAAAACUACCCAAGCUGGUGCAUCUUCUACAUCUGCUGCAGGCCCUAGGGGAGCAUUUCAUGCUCCAAGACAGACUGGAAGGAAGAGGACAGUUUCCUACAAGAUGAAGGAGUACCUAUAUGCUUCUGGGAACUAGAUGUUGAAUUUCAUGCCUUUGUUGGCAGGUUUGUUGAAUUUGAUGCCUAUGUUGGCUGUUGAACUAGAUGCCUUUGUUGGCAGGUUUGUUGAAUUUGAUUCCUAUGUUGGCUGUUGAACUAGAUGCCUUUGUUGGCAGGUUUGUUGAAUUUGAUGCCUAUGUUGGCUGUUGAACUAGAUGCCUUUUGUCGCCUUCUGAUGGCUGUUGAACUUGAA